AUGGUCGGGAAGCAGAGGCGGAGAGGGAAGGUAGUCGAAGCAGAUGUAGAACAACCAGAAGAGGAGACGGUAACAGCCAUGGCUUCAUCUGACAAAAGCUCGCCGAAAAGGGUAAGUAGCCCUAAUUCGAAUUUGCUCUCAAUUGAUGAACAAUCUCGUGGUCUUGAAUUGUUGUGUAACCAAAAGAUAAUUCAAAUUGGGGAAACAUCGAGUCUGAAAGUAGGAACGGGAGAAGAAGCAGGAGCUAGGGUUUCGAAUGUUUGGGAAAAAGGAGAAUCAACUCUGAAAGAACGAAUGAGUCGUAAACUUGCAUUUAUUGAGCCACAGCAAGUAAACGAUAAAAUGAUAGCAAAAAUUGAUAGAGAUGAGAUAAAAGAAAAAAUGGAUGAAAUGACAUUGAGGAGAGAUAGAGCUGGUUUUGCUCGGGUUUUGGUUGAAAUGGAAAUAUCAGGAAAAAUGCCGGAAGAAAUAUGGUUUGAGGAUGAAGACGGGAUCCUGCAAGAGCAAAAAGUUAGAUAUGAAUGGCAACCGGUGCAAUGUGAUAAGUGCAAAGGAUAUGGCCAUGAGACAACCUAUUGCAGGAAGCCAACUGUUCAAGCAUGGUCUCCGAAGCAACCUGUCAAACAGAAAGAACAAGAAGUCUGCUUAGUGCAAACAGAUAAGGCACCUGAUAAGGAAAAGAAGCAAAAACAGCAAGUUACAGAGAAAGAUAACCAGAAUCAGCAAUCUAAUGAGGCCGGGACAGUAAAGAACUCACAGCUGGAUCGAGGGAAAGCAGUGGAAGAGAUUGCACAACUAGUAAACGAAGAUGCUAAAGGGGGGAAGGGAGAUGAGACAGAGAGUACUUGCAAGGGUAGAAUACUUAUCUUGUGGAAGAAAGGAGAGUACCAGAUCUCCAAUGUGCAAAUAGGAGACCAAGCUAUUCAAUGUACAGUUAAGAAUGCAAGCAGAUGCUUUGAUCUCAGUAUCAUAUACGCUCAUCAUCAAGCACAGGGUAGAGUUGAAUUGUGGAAUGAAUUAAUGAGCAGAGGAAGCAACAACACAAGACCAUGGCUAGUAAUUGGAGACUUUAACAGUAUUCUCAGAUCAGAUGAAAAAUUCGGAGGUGUGCAAGGAGUUAGUCAAGAUACAGGCUUGUUUCAGAUGACGAUAGAUCAGUGUGAACUAUCUGAAAUGAAGACACAAGGAGCUGGGUUUACAUGGUGCAACAAACAACUCGGGGACAAGAGAAUCAUGUCCAGGCUUGACCGAGCCUUAGUCAAUAAGAAAUGGAUGGAUGUUUUUACAGAUGCAGUAACUUGGGUUAAACCAGCAGGCCUUUCAGACCACAGUCCACUGAUAAUUACUUGGGGAAAUGCACCUAAGAUCAAGCAGAAGCCGUUUCGGUUUUUCAACAUGUGGAUCACGCAUCCAGAAUAUGAAGAACUUAUUCAAGAAGGUUGGAGUGCCAUGGUAAAAGGAACUAAACAACACCAGCUGAUACAGAAACUGUCCCCUCUGAAACAGCAAUUAAAAGCACUGAAUAGAAGGCAGUAUGCAGACGUUGAAUUACAGGAAAUCAGCAAGAGGAAGAAUCUGGAAGAAGUUCAGCAGCAGCUCUAA